AUGGGUAUACGGCGUGCUCAGAGAGCAUCCCUGGCUCUCACACUCAACUAUGUGGCAUUCGCCUUGGCGGUCUCGGCCGUCACCACUAACUACUGGUGUGAGGGGACCAGGAAGGUAGUGAAGCCUUUCUGCAUGGGGCCGGUCAAAGUCAAGCAGACGUACUGCAUCCACUUUAACAGCUCCAACAUCAAUGACACGCGGCUGGUGCAGUACAUCUACGAGACCGGAGAGGAGAAGUUCCUCAUGAGGAAGUUCCACACAGGAAUCUGGUUCUCCUGCGAACAAACCGUGGACUUAAUAGGGUUUAACUGUAGGAGCUUUUUAGAGAUUGCACCAGAUCAUGAAAGAGGAGUGCUCUGGCUGUGUAUUGUGGCUGAGUGUCUGUACAUUGCUCUGCUGUUCACCGGUGGAGCUCUGAUGGUGAUAGAGAUGUGUCCAUGCUUGAACUUGAUAAACAGACUCAAGCUCAAUGCCUUUGCAGCACUGUGCACCGCUCUCUCAGGCCUUUUCGGGAUGGUUGCACAUAUGAUGUUCACCACAGCUUUCCAGCUGGCUGUCCAGAUGGGUCCAGAAGACUGGAGACCUAAGACAUGGGACUACAGCUGGUCCUAUCUUCUGGCAUGGGGCUCGUUUGGCACCUGCAUGGGCUCGGCAGUCACGGCUCUAAACCAUUACACCAAAACCAUCAUUGAGUUUAAGUUCAAGCGGAGGACCAUUGAGAAGAAUCAGCGCAUCAAGCAGAAUAUCUUGGAGCUGGACGUGCCAGAAGACUUAUGGUACAUCACUUCAGCGCAAGAGCAAGCAUACCAACACGCUGCCCUGUAUGUAAAUAACAGCGAACCAUCCUGCUUCAACCCCACAAUACUGGACAACUGGGACAGAGAAUACUGCUGA